AUGAUUCCUCGAACCUCCAGGUUGGUGCUCAACGCCCCCGCUUCGCCUGCUGCCGCCGCUGCCGCACCCACCAACAUGUCUCGCACUUUCCGAAUGGACUUUGCCACCAUGGCCACUGCCACCACCACGACUAAGGUCGCCCCUGCCAAGAGGGUCUCAAGCCGCACCAGGCGAUUGCCUGCCAAAACAGCUUCGGAACCCGCCUGGCUGACGGGGAGGGCAAGGGUCGAAGCCUACCGACUUCUGUUGGGGUCUCCGGACGUCAACCGCGGUCAGUGGGUCCAAAACUGUCUUGCCUUCUCCCGACCCUGGUACGGACCGGCCGCUGCUCUCGAUGACACUCCCUGCCCUGCUAUUGGCUCGAAGAAAGGGCUGGUUUUCAACGGGCAGAAGCGUUGCGAGGCCCCUGUCUGCCCCGACACGCCGAGUCCUCUCUUCGCCUCGAGGAUUCCUCCCCCUACUCCGAUGCUCCGUAGCGGCGCGUCGCCUUAUGUUUCUCGCGGUGUGCUGUCACCUUCUGCCAGGAAGAUGCCACCCUCCUCGACCAACCUAUUGGCUCCCUUCUCCCCUGGCCGCGGUCUUCGUGCACCCACCAGGUUCCUCACAAGGGGUGCUGGCAUUACCGUUGAAGCCCCUGACAGGGCUGGUAAGAACGACUGGUCGAGCUUUCACCAAAGCUCUUGGAAUGUCCCUCGGGCUCAGAACUUCACGGAAGUGACAGUUUCUGUGGACAUUCCCCAGUCGGAGCCAGUCUCCGAGGAGAUCCAGGCCCCGAUCCACUCUGCUUGCUCCUCUCCGUGCUGCUCUGCAGGCGAAGACGACAUCGAGGAUGGUGACGGAUCCUGCGAUAUGGAGUUGGAGGAAAUUUCAUCGGGAGAAGUGGUGGUGAUCUCCGAGCCUGCUCCCAUCGAGGUUGAGGUAGAUGCGCAGUCUUCCCCUUCCCCUCUCGAGGAGAAGGUUGAGAUCUGUGCGUCGCCCAUCCGAGAGGAGAUGCAGACGGAGACCGCUGUAGCUGCUGACAACCACAUUGUGGUGGCUGUAGCGGAGCAAGUGGAGCCUCAGGCUUUCCCUCGCACUGUUGCACCCCCCUUGUGGGAUGGGAAGACCGAACUGCCCGUCGAAGUCAUCAAUGCGAUGGCGAUGGAACACCUUCGGUGGCAAGAAGAGGAGGAGCCUCUUUUUGACCCCGAGGGAAAGCCAUGGACCGCCUGCCGUCACCUGACUUGCUACCGACAUGGUCGGCGCGCAAUGUGCCGUGCUCGCUCGAGGAUCCUUGAGCGGGGCGACGUGAAGUAUCGACCACGGAAUUUGGCCAUUGAGCUGGAGGCUACCUACGGAAAGAACUGGCAACAGCUCUUUUUCACGGUUCCGCCUCCCAGCGUGGAAAAGACGGAGGACGAUGUGGACUUUUCCGUUUGGUAA